AUGAAAGCAUAUCUACCGCGCACGGCGGCCUUUUCAUGGGCGCCAUCUAGUGCGGAGGUCGACGGCCUAGUGAUGGCUACGGGUACGGUGGCCGGUGCUCUCGAUGAAAGUUUCAACAAUGACAGCGUGCUGGAGUUGUGGAAGCUCGAUGCGACACCGGACGACACCAUGAACCUGUCGCCCUCAGUGUUAGGAUCUGUGAAUGCAAGUGCUCGUUUUAAUCGCCUUGGCUGGGGAUUUGCUCACAGGGACAAGCCGCACGGCCUUUUGGCUGCAGGACUCGAGAAUGGUGAGGUGGGGGUAUGGGAUGUCGGCAUGCUCAUGGAUCCUAGUACUGCCUCACAUUCACAAAUUCUGCGUAACACUGUGCACAAAGGCUCUGUCCGCGGCCUUUCAUUUAACCAGCCACAACCUAAUUUGAUCGCUACGGGCUCUGUCAAUGCCGAGAUCUUUGUAUGGGAUCUUAAGUCACCUACCAAACCAUAUACGCCGGGGUCGCGCUCGCAGCAUCUGGAUGAAAUUUCCAGUCUGGCUUGGAAUGGCCAAGUUCCAUACGUACUCGCCACGGCAUCUACAAAUGGUAGUACUACAGUAUGGGACUUGCGUCACAAGCGUGAAAUUGCUGUGCUGCGCAACUCCGCCGCCGGUGCAUCAAUGAGCUCGGCGCGUAGUAUUAGCUCACUUGCUUGGCACCCGCUCAGUCCUACACGUAUCGCAACGGCCACGGAGGACGAUAUGAAUCCGGGUAUUGUGUUGUGGGAUCUGCGCAAUUCACGUGCGCCAGAGGCAAUCCUGAGUGGCCAUGAACAGGGUGUUCUAGGUCUAUCAUGGUGCCGUCAAGACGAAAACCUGAUGCUUUCGUGUGGAAAGGACAGUCGCACGCUAUGUUGGAACCCUCAAAGCCAUGAAAUUGUGGCGGAGAUGCCGCCGCAUUCGAACUGGGCCUUCGAUGUGCAGUGGAACCCUCGCAAUCCCAACAUGCUUGCAAGUGCGAGCUUUGAUGGACAUGUGGUUGUUCAGUCUCUGCAGAACAUUCCCGUGGAAAGCGAGCAGGACGCUGCUGCUGUGUCGACAGCCAGCAUGAACCCGGAUGAUUUAUUCACAGCGCUAGGCAAUGCGCCUCCGCCCUCUACGGGCGGUAUGCCGCUUGUCACGGCUCCGAAAUGGCUGAGCCGCCCUACAUCCGUGGCAUUUGGCUUCGGUGGUCAGCUUGUGACAAUUUCUAAGCCGGUGCCUGGAGCACAAGGCUUUCCUUUGCGUGUGCACGAGAUACAUACUGAACCGUACAUUGCUGACCGGGCACGCGUACUCAGCCAAGCCCUAGAUGAAAAUACGCUUGCUGACUUUUGUGCGAUGCAAUGUCAGAACCCGAACACACGUGCUUCAGACAUGGCGGGAUGGAAGACGCUUCAGACUCUUUUCCAUGUUGACUCUCGCGACGAGCUUGUUGAAUUGCUUGGCUUUUCGAAAGACGACAUUACCAACCAAGUUCAGCAAGCUGUGGGCGCCUUGGGUUUACCGCCACUAGAAGAUGAAAACGCACAAGGUGAAGAUCCGGCACCGCAGGUCCCGUCAGUCACCGAUGAGGACCCCACUGCUUUCUUCGAUCAAGUCCCAGAUAUGCCUCUAGAACCGCCUCAGCCGGCGGCCGAGCCAUUUAGGCUUCAUCCUAAUGGCAAUCAGGACCCUGACCGCCUGAUAACAAAGUCUUUGAUUCUUGGUGACUUUGAAAAUGCAGUAUCGCUGCUUGUUUCGCAGGAUCGCUUCGCGGAUGCUUUAGUGCUUGCCACGCGCGCUGGUGACGAGCUGCUGGUUAAGACGCAGCGCGCAUACUUCAAACGACAUGCGAUGAACAAACCCUACCUCCGAUUAUUGCAGAGUAUCGUGACAGAAGAUUUGUCGGAUGUGGUUUACCAUGCAGACUUGAGUGAAUGGCAAGAGAUUUUCGCUGUGCUCUGUACCUAUGCAAAGCAGGAGGAUUUCUCAGUCCUAGCCGAGCGUCUUGGUCAACGUCUCGAAGACCGAUACUUGCAUUCAGCGCAGCUAGGCACGCCAGCCUUAGUCGACCGCAAGAAUGCGGUUUUAUGCUACUUGGCUGCUGGAUGCCUAGAGAAGGUGAUGUCGAUGUGGAUCGAAGAGAUGCAGGAGGAAGAGUAUGCUAUCAAAUCCGGAAGCACGCAGCGCGACAACUCUCCGUACUCGGCUCAUGCUGAGGCCCUUCAAACGCUUAUGGAAAAGGUGGUUGUUUUCCAGCAUGCUGUGCAUUACACUGAUGAGGAUCUACAACCCCCCGUCCCCAAUGAUGAUGGAACUGUGCCUGUGCGUGAAUUCAAGCUGGCGCCGCUGUAUAACUACAUUCUUGAAUAUGUAAACGUCUUGGCCGAACAGGGCUUGGUGGAUAUUGCGCUCAAGUUCGUGGCUUUGACUCCGCCUGACUACACACCUAACCAGCAAUCGACCGUGGCUGAUGCCGAGUGGACGCAUGACCGUCUGCUGCGUGCGAGUGAGAUGACACAAUACGCGCCAACGAAUCCAUACGCCCAAGGCGCUUAUGCUCAGGGAGCAUAUGACCAGAGUGCCUAUGGCGGAUACAAUGUGCCUGCUGCACCGUCGGUACCUGCUGUGCCUGCUCCUCAGCCAUUAGCACCACCUCCCAUGGCUUCCCAGAUGGCACCGCCGCCACCGCCACUCGCAGCGCCGAGCAUGCCAACGAUACCAAGCGUGCCUGCAGUGCCCACGGCUUUGUCGCAACCGGACCCCACACCGUCACCGUACGCUCCACCUGUCCAUCCGGUCACCGCACCUCCAUCUGUUGCCCAAACAACAGCCUAUGCAACCCAGCCCGUGCCGCAGGCCAUGCAAGCGCCGCCGCCACCUGUCAUUGGUGCGCCGCCGCCUGCUUCCAUGACACCUGGCCUGAUUCCUGAGCCGGCGGUAGGAACAAUCGCCUCGUCUCCGUUGCCGCCACCGCCGCAGUUCAAGCGCGAGAAGGGGGGAUGGAACGAUGUGCCUGCUCCUUCCUUGCCGCCGCCACCACCCAAGCGCGCGCCGUCUGCAGCGACAGGUGCAGCGAUCACAUCGCCUUUCCCGAACCAACCGCCGUCGAUGGCAGCGUCGGCGGCCAUGCCGCCACCGCCACCUCGUGGCCCUCCGACUGGCCCUCCUCGUCCAUCCAGUGCGGCAUCGUCCGCGUACAUGCCGCCACCUAUGGCUUCGCCACGCACUGGACUGGGUAUCGGCCAGCCAUCCCAAGACUAUGGCCGUCGUAUGCCUCAGGGUCACAUGAACACGCCUGGCGUGCAACGACCCCAGACGCCGACAGUGCCCGGCCGUCCACCCAUGGCGCGAACGCCCAACCUGCGCCCCCAAGUAACUGGCCCGCCGAGUCAGUUUGCCGGGCAACAAGCUGCUACGACGCCUCGAGCAUUUUCCCAAAGCGCAGCGGUGGGUACCGUACCAGCUCCUCCAAGAGGACAAGCAGGAAUGGUGCCACCACGCUCCAUGACUCCAGCGGGUGGUGGAUAUGGUGCGCCUCCUCCUGCCUCGACGCCCGGCGGAGCCUCCAAACCAGGUUUCCAGUACCCUCGUGGCGACCGCUCCCACAUUCCACCGAACUUGCGGCCUGUGUCUGACACUCUUGCACGGGAAGUGGCUCGACUUCGCAGUGUGGAUGCGCAGCCAAAGCGUAUUUUGGACGAUGCCGAUAAGCGUGUACAGCUGCUGCUCGAUGUGAUGAACAAUGGCCUCGUGGAUGCCAGGCUAGUGCCUGUACUUCAGCAGCUGGCUCAAGCAAUCCAGGCGCGUAAUCAGCAAGGCGCGCUACAGCUGCACGUCCAGCUUGUGACGAUGGCCACAGGUGAUGUGGCUACGGCUCUCGUUGGCGUCAAGUUCUUGAUUGCCAAGCUGUACUCGUAG